ACCUUUGUGUUGUUUUCCUUGCCCCUCUUCCUCUCCCCUCCCUCUUCAGCCUCACUACUUUUCCCUCUGCUCUGUCCGAUGUGCUCAGACUGCGGCUAGUGCGCGAGCUGAAGGCGUGCAGGGCGAGAUGCUGCCGAUGCUCCAGCUGUUUGGGCUCCAUGUCUCCUUCAGGGCCCACUGAAGAGGACAAGACUGCAGCACGUGAGCCGGGAAACUUCAACACAACACUCUGAGGAACUUUUUCCCACCAACCAACCAGCUGCAGCUUCAAGACUCUGGAAUUAUUUCAGCUUUUAAGGACUUAGAGGAAAAAGAAAAAGAGAAACAAUGAGGACCAAGUUGUGUCAUUUUCUUGCACAGCUCUUUCUGUUAGGGGUGUUGCUAUCUGUGGUGGACAGCAAAGGAACUUUCUAUGGAGGCCAUGCACACCCUUUCUAUGGAAACAGAUACAACCUGUUCAAGGCUGGACUCAACCCUCAUCAUUCACCAAACAAGCCCAUGACACGUCACAAAAACCACUGUGCCUACGUGGUCCAGAAGAACAUCACAUGCACCAUGCAGGAUGGAGUGGCCACCUACGUGAAGGCUGAGUACACCACCAAGUGCAUCUGGGGUCAGAAGUGUCCUGUUGUCAUGUACAGGACCCUCUACAAGCCAAAAUACAAGGUGGGUUUUAAGACCGUGACUGAGCUGGAGUGGAGGUGUUGUCCCGGCUACUCUGGAGAAAACUGCUAUGAUGGACCCACGUCGCUGCCUGAUGCCAUGCCGCCUUUCAAGGGUGGGGGUCUGCCGCAUCGACCGGGGAUGAAGGGCUUCCCCCAUGGCCCUAGACCCCCGGUGGACCACAGACCUGGUGGAGGCCAACUGGAACCUGGCAGACCUGUCCCCGGGGUGCCGGACCACAGACCGAUCCCCACAGGACAGCUGCCUGCUGGGAAUGGAAGACCAAACUAUGGAAACAAAUUUGGGAUUUCAGGAGUGACUGGUGAACGCCUGGACCGUAUGGAGGAGGACAUGCAGCGGCUCACUCAGGGUCUGGACACCCUCAACGGGAUGGUGGCCGGUCUGGAGGAGCGGCUGCGCACGUCUCUGCGGGAAGACACCAACAAAAUCUUAGUGUCCCUGCUACCAAACCCUCCACGUGUGCCUGAUUCUACAGUAGGAUUCGGGGUGAUCCCAGACGGGGCUCCUGAUGGGCUGGAAGGAAGAGAAAGCUUCACUGGUUUUGGAGACUUAGCAGGGAGAGUGACAGAAGUGAAGGAUGACCUGCGAGCCAAAACUCACAUCUUAGAGGAGAUUCAGGGGAUGGUCCUGGGCCAUGACGGCCAGCUGAAGAAGCUGUUGGAAGGAGCUCGAGGCCGGCCCAUCCCCGGCCCCGGCUCCACUCUUCACCUGGACGAGAUCCUGGACGCCAAGCUGGCCAGCGUUCGUGCUGAGAUCUUGGACGGCUUCGAGCGGCGUCUGAGCGGUCUGGAGAGCCACUGUGACGAGAGGAUCGGGGCGGUGCAGAACCAGUGCCACAGGGAGCACAUGGACGGCCAGGAGCAGAUGAGGCAGUCUCUGGAUGGGAGAGAGACCGGGAUCAGGGAGGAGCUGGGCACGUUGCAGGCUCAGAUCCAGGGCCUUACUCUCACUGAGAGCUGCUGUGGACAGGUGAACAGCCUGUCCCACCGUGUGCUGCUGCUGGAGGAGUCAGUCAAAGGUUUGACAGAAUCUCAACGACAGCUUCAGACGGCCCUCUCUGACCAGAGCAUCCACGUGGAGACGCUGAUCGAGACCCGCCUGGUGGACAUAGAAGGCCGCCUGAACGCCACAGAGGGUGGACCUGAUGGAGUAGCGGGGCUCCCUGGUGGUCUGGACGGCUUCAAGACCCUGCUGGAGGACAAGCUGAAGACCCUGGAGGAGAGAGUGUUUGUGGCCGUGGAGGAGCUGAGUAACGCCACGGCUCCGGCCCUCCUGGAGGGUCAGGUGGUCCCGGCGCUGGAGACGGAGAUCGAGUCGGUGCGGAGGAGAGUGGAGGGAGACCUGGACGGCAUUCAGAAACAGCUAAUAGACCUGGAGCUCCUCUGCACCUCCUCUUGCGCGCCCUCCACCCCACCAGCAGGGGGUGUCAGCAUCACUGAAGUCGAGGAGGAGUGUGAAGGGGUGGAGAAGAAGAUGACAGACCGCUUGGACACCCAUUCUAACCAGCUGGACCGCCUGAACACCACCCUGCAGAACCUGCUCUUCCAUAUCGCCCAGGAGGACACGGAGGGGACCGUCCACGGGGAGAUCACACUGCUGAAAGUCAACAUCAACUCAGUAAACCGCACUCUGAAGGGCCUAAAGGACUCUCUCAGAGUCAUUGCAAGUGAAGUGGGCCACGCUAACGCCACGUGGGAGCAGAGAGAGAACCAGUUAGUCAACCAGGUGCAAGGAAUCACCAAGCUAGUAGGGCACCAGUCCUCCCUCCUGGGGGCCGGGGAGAGGCGUCUGGCCCAGCUGAAGGGGGAACUAGUGGCCUUAAAGAGACGCCUCGCUGGGGAGCUUCAGGGCUGCCGCAGCACGGCUAUAGAAGUACAAAAGGAGGUGAAGAACGUUGAUAGUAGAGUGAGCAACGUGGAGGGCCAGUGCAGCAGCCUGGGGGAGCUGGCGGAGCACCUGGAGAGGAUCAGGGCCGAGCUGGAGAGACACUCGGACUCGUAUCUGGCCGAGGUGAACGGCACCCUGGCCGUGCAUUCAGAGCAGCUAGCUGAGCUGAAAGGGGAAGUCAAAGACUGCAACAAGGAAGCAGCCAACCAAAACUGA